AUUUGAGUGUCACGCACAUGAGUGUUUUGAGACAUUUGAAGAAAAUUGUGAACAAACAUUAAAAUUAUGUGAAAGUCAGUGUCUACCAAAUAAAAUCCCAGUUUGUGCAAUUUGCAACGGUGUUCCCGAAACAUAUGACAAUAGAUGCCUAGUAGAAGAAUGUAGACAGAAUACAUGUAAUCCACCAACAGAUGGUGUUUGUACAGAAUCCGUUAUAGCAGCAAGCUUGCCUCCAUUUACAUGUACUGAUAUCUGCUCAAAUGAUUAUGAGCCUAUCUGCUCAAUGUGUUCAAAUGGUAGAAUUGAGAUACAGCAAAGUCAAUGUCAUUUAACUUGCAUGAAUUCAGAUUGUGUUCCGAUACCAAAAGAUAAUUGUCCUGAAUUGUUAAACGGAUGUGUGAGGAAUUGUACCGAAAGCCAUGUGAUUCAAUAUGAUCCAAUAUGCGCAUCUUGUAAUGGAAAACUUGAACUAAUUGAGAACCCUUGUAUCCUUAACUGCCGAGAAGGAACGUGCACGUCUUUAAAUAGUAAUACAUGUACCGGAUUGCAACCAAUUGAAACUGAUUUUAAUAGUUGUAUAUCGAAAUGCUCAGCAGCAACUGGCGCGGUAUGCGGUAUGGGAAGAGAUGGUACCUUUAAAGUUUUUGAAAACUUAUGUCAACUCGACUGUGAUGCAGAUUAUUAUAUCACAUCCAAAGAAAAUUGUCCAAGGGUAUUAGAUGAAUGCUCUGUUCUUUGUUCAAUGGAUAAGAGUCCAGUGUGUGGAAUGCGUAAUAAUCAACUGGAAACAUUUGAUAACGAAUGCAUUUAUGAUUGUCACAAAGAGAGUUACAUUUUCAUUUCCAAUGGAGCAUGUUCGGACUUAUAUGCCACUUCAACAACUUCAGCGUUAUCAACAAAUGCAUGUAUUAAAACUUGCACACAUGAUUAUGAAUAUAUCUGUGCCUUACGUAAUGAUGGUAGUCGUAUGGUAUAUAAAAAUAAAUGCAUACUCGAUUGUAACGCUGACGGAUAUGUUGUGCAACCAAAAGAGAUGUGUAGAGAUAUUUUAAUUAAUUUACAGUCAGAGUGUCCACAAGAAUACGUUCCAGCAUGCGGAGAUUGCUAUGGGUACAGAAAAACCUUCUACCAUAGGUGUAUUUUGGAAACUCAGAUACCAACAUGCACGUUUAUAUCGUAUGGAACUUGUGACAAUAUGAUACCGACACACGUUAGCGGUCCACAAUCGAAUGCUACAACCGGAGUGACAUAUACAACUACAACAACUACGAAUAAUAAUACAACAUGGAGUAACUAUACUUCAUAUACCAGCACAAAUUAUACCGCAAUAACUACAAGAACCAGCACUAGAAUAGCAAAAUAUAGAUUUGAUCAGUGCACAAGUAUUUACUCAUAUCAAUAUGAUCCUAUCUGUGCCCUCUGUACUGAUCGUCAAUAUUAUAAAUUUGAUAAUGACUACGGAUUUAAUUGCAGAAGUAGAGAAUGCGUUGAAGUGGAAGAAGGAUACUGUCCAGAAAUUCUGAGUUUAUGUGAGUCGCAGUGUUCUAACGUAUAUGAACCAGCAUGCGGAAAUUGUAGGGGACAAUUAGAAACGUUCGAUAGCAUAUGCCAUUUAGAUUGCCAUGAGCAUCGUGGCUGCGAGAUGGUUCCGAAUUCGAAAGGUGCAUGUACAAGUCUUCACGGUCUUCAAAUUGAAAGUUAUCCAUCAGUUAACGAUUGCAUUAAAAAUUGUUCUCAAAAUCCAAAAGAUAUUAUAUCAGUUUGUACUUUAUGUACAGAUGGCCAAUAUAAGUUUUUCGACGACAGAUGCGAAUUUGAGUGUCACGCACAUGAGUGUUUUGAGACAUUUGAAGAAAAUUGUGAACAAACAUUAAAAUUAUGUGAAAGUCAGUGUCUACCAAAUAAAAUCCCAGUUUGUGCAAUUUGCAACGGUGUUCCCGAAACAUAUGACAAUAGAUGCCUAGUAGAAGAAUGUAGACAGAAUACAUGUAAUCCACCAACAGAUGGUGUUUGUACAGAAUCCGUUAUAGCAGCAAGCUUGCCUCCAUUUACAUGUACUGAUAUCUGCUCAAAUGAUUAUGAGCCUAUCUGCUCAAUGUGUUCAAAUGGUAGAAUUGAGAUACAGCAAAGUCAAUGUCAUUUAACUUGCAUGAAUUCAGAUUGUGUUCCGAUACCAAAAGAUAAUUGUCCUGAAUUGUUAAACGGAUGUGUGAGGAAUUGUACCGAAAGCCAUGUGAUUCAAUAUGAUCCAAUAUGCGCAUCUUGUAAUGGAAAACUUGAACUAAUUGAGAACCCUUGUAUCCUUAACUGCCGAGAAGGAACGUGCACGUCUUUAAAUAGUAAUACAUGUACCGGAUUGCAACCAAUUGAAACUGAUUUUAAUAGUUGUAUAUCAAAAUGCUCAGCAGCAACUGGCGCGGUAUGCGGUAUGGGAAGAGAUGGUACCUUUAAAGUUUUUGAAAACUUAUGUCAACUCGACUGUGAUGCAGAUUAUUAUAUCAUAUCCAAAGAAAAUUGUCCAAAGGUAUUAGAUGAAUGCUCUGUUCUUUGUUCAAUGGAUAAGAGUCCAGUGUGUGGAAUGCGUAAUAAUCAACUGGAAACAUUUGAUAACGAAUGCAUUUAUGAUUGUCACAAAGAGAGUUACAUUUUCAUUUCCAAUGGAGCAUGUUCGGACUUAUAUGCCACUUCAACAACUUCAGCGUUAUCAACAAAUGCAUGUAUUAAAACUUGCACACAUGAUUAUGAAUAUAUCUGUGCCUUACGUAAUGAUGGUAGUCGUAUGGUAUAUAAAAAUAAAUGCAUAUUCGAUUGUUACGCUGACGUACAUGUUAUGCAACCGAAAGAGAUGUGUGGAGAUCUUUUACCUAAUUUGGAAUCGGAGUGUCCACAAGAAUUUGUACCAGCAUGCGGAGAUUGCAAUGGUGACAGAAAAACCUUCAACCAUAGGUGUAAUUUGGAAUGUCAGAUACCACCAUGCACGUUUAUAUCGUAUGGAACUUGUGACAAUAUGAUACCGACACACGUUAGCGGUCCACAAUCGAAUGCUACAACCGGAGUGACAUAUACAACUACAACAACUACGAAUAAUAAUACAACAUGGAGUAACUAUACUUCAUAUACCAGCACAAAUUAUACCGCAAUAACUACAAGAACCAGCACUAGAAUAGCAAAAUAUAGAUUUGAUCAGUGCACAAGUAUUUACUCAUAUCAAUAUGAUCCUAUCUGUGCCCUCUGUACUGAUCGUCAAUAUUAUAAAUUUGAUAAUGACUACGGAUUUAAUUGCAGAAGUAGAGAAUGCGUUGAAGUGGAAGAAGGAUACUGUCCAGAAAUUCUGAGUUUAUGUGAGUCGCAGUGUUCUAACGUAUAUGAACCAGCAUGCGGAAAUUGUAGGGGACAAUUAGAAACGUUCGAUAGCAUAUGCCAUUUAGAUUGCCAUGAGCAUCGUGGCUGCGAGAUGGUUCCGAAUUCGAAAGGUGCAUGUACAAGUCUUCACGGUCUUCAAAUUGAAAGUUAUCCAUCAGUUAACGAUUGCAUUAAAAAUUGUUCUCAAAAUCCAAAAGAUAUUAUAUCAGUUUGUACUUUAUGUACAGAUGGCCAAUAUAAGUUUUUCGACGACAGAUGCGAAUUUGAGUGUCACGCACAUGAGUGUUUUGAGACAUUUGAAGAAAAUUGUGAACAAACAUUAAAAUUAUGUGAAAGUCAGUGUCUACCAAAUAAAAUCCCAGUUUGUGCAAUUUGCAACGGUGUUCCCGAAACAUAUGACAAUAGAUGCCUAGUAGAAGAAUGUAGACAGAAUACAUGUAAUCCACCAACAGAUGGUGUUUGUACAGAAUCCGUUAUAGCAGCAAGCUUGCCUCCAUUUACAUGUACUGAUAUCUGCUCAAAUGAUUAUGAGCCUAUCUGCUCAAUGUGUUCAAAUGGUAGAAUUGAGAUACAGCAAAGUCAAUGUCAUUUAACUUGCAUGAAUUCAGAUUGUGUUCCGAUACCAAAAGAUAAUUGUCCUGAAUUGUUAAACGGAUGUGUGAGGAAUUGUACCGAAAGCCAUGUGAUUCAAUAUGAUCCAAUAUGCGCAUCUUGUAAUGGAAAACUUGAACUAAUUGAGAACCCUUGUAUCCUUAACUGCCGAGAAGGAACGUGCACGUCUUUAAAUAGUAAUACAUGUACCGGAUUGCAACCAAUUGAAACUGAUUUUAAUAGUUGUAUAUCAAAAUGCUCAGCAGCAACUGGCGCGGUAUGCGGUAUGGGAAGAGAUGGUACCUUUAAAGUUUUUGAAAACUUAUGUCAACUCGACUGUGAUGCAGAUUAUUAUAUCACAUCCAAAGAAAAUUGUCCAAAGGUAUUAGAUGAAUGCUCUGUUCUUUGUUCAAUGGAUAAGAGUCCAGUGUGUGGAAUGCGUAAUAAUCAACUGGAAACAUUUGAUAACGAAUGCAUUUAUGAUUGUCACAAAGAGAGUUACAUUUUCAUUUCCAAUGGAGCAUGUUCGGACUUAUAUGCCACUUCAACAACUUCAGCGUUAUCAACAAAUGCAUGUAUUAAAACUUGCACACAUGAUUAUGAAUAUAUCUGUGCCUUACGUAAUGAUGGUAGUCGUAUGGUAUAUAAAAAUAAAUGCAUAUUCGAUUGUUACGCUGACGUACAUGUUAUGCAACCGAAAGAGAUGUGUGGAGAUCUUUUACCUAAUUUGGAAUCGGAGUGUCCACAAGAAUUUGUACCAGCAUGCGGAGAUUGCAAUGGUGACAGAAAAACCUUCAACCAUAGGUGUAAUUUGGAAUGUCAGAUACCACCAUGCACGUUUAUAUCGUAUGGAACUUGUGACAAUAUGAUACCGACACACGUUAGCGGUCCACAAUCGAAUGCUACAACCGGAGUGACAUAUACAACUACAACAACUACGAAUAAUAAUACAACAUGGAGUAACUAUACUUCAUAUACCAGCACAAAUUAUACCGCAAUAACUACAAGAACCAGCACUAGAAUAGCAAAAUAUAGAUUUGAUCAGUGCACAAGUAUUUACUCAUACCAAUAUGAUCCUAUCUGUGCCCUCUGCACUGAUCGUCAAUAUUAUAAAUUUGAUAAUGACUACGGAUUUAAUUGCAGAAGUAGAGAAUGCGUUGAAGUGGAAGAAGGAUACUGUCCAGAAAUUCUGAGUUUAUGUGAGUCGCAGUGUUCUAACGUAUAUGAACCAGCAUGCGGAAAUUGUAGGGGACAAUUAGAAACGUUCGAUAGCAUAUGCCAUUUAGAUUGCCAUGAGCAUCGUGGCUGCGAGAUGGUUCCGAAUUCGAAAGGUGCAUGUACAAGUCUUCACGGUCUUCAAAUUGAAAGUUAUCCAUCAGUUAACGAUUGCAUUAAAAAUUGUUCUCAAAAUCCAAAAGAUAUUAUAUCAGUUUGUACUUUAUGUACAGAUGGCCAAUAUAAGUUUUUCGACGACAGAUGCGAAUUUGAGUGUCACGCACAUGAGUGUUUUGAGACAUUUGAAGAAAAUUGUGAACAAACAUUAAAAUUAUGUGAAAGUCAGUGUCUACCAAAUAAAAUCCCAGUUUGUGCAAUUUGCAACGGUGUUCCUGAAACAUAUGACAAUAGAUGCCUAGUAGAAGAAUGUAGACAGAAUACAUGUAAUCCACCAACAGAUGGUGUUUGUACAGAAACCGUUAUAGCAGCAAGCUUGCCUCCAUUUACAUGUACUGAUAUCUGCUCAAAUGAUUAUGAGCCUAUCUGCUCAAUGUGUUCAAAUGGUAGAAUUGAGAUACAGCAAAGUCAAUGUCAUUUAACUUGCAUGAAUUCAGAUUGUGUUCCGAUACCAAAAGAUAAUUGUCCUGAAUUGUUAAACGGAUGUGUGAGGAAUUGUUCCGAAAGCCAUGUGAUUCAAUAUGAUCCAAUAUGCGCAUCUUGUAAUGGAAAACUUGAACUAAUUGAGAACUCUUGUAUCCUUAACUGCCGAGAAGGAACGUGCACGUCUUUAAAUAGUAAUACAUGUACCGGAUUGCAACCAAUUGAAACUGAUUUUAAUAGUUGUAUAUCAAAAUGCUCAGCAGCAACUGGCGCGGUAUGCGGUAUGGGAAGAGAUGGUACCUUUAAAGUUUUUGAAAACUUAUGUCAACUCGACUGUGAUGCAGAUUAUUAUAUCAUAUCCAAAGAAAAUUGUCCAAAGGUAUUAGAUGAAUGCUCUGUUCUUUGUUCAAUGGAUAAGAGUCCAGUGUGUGGAAUGCGUAAUAAUCAACUGGAAACAUUUGAUAACGAAUGCAUUUAUGAUUGUCACAAAGAGAGUUACAUUUUCAUUUCCAAUGGAGCAUGUUCGGACUUAUAUGCCACUUCAACAACUUCAGCGUUAUCAACAAAUGCAUGUAUUAAAACUUGCACACAUGAUUAUGAAUAUAUCUGUGCCUUACGUAAUGAUGGUAGUCGUAUGGUAUAUAAAAAUAAAUGCAUAUUCGAUUGUUACGCUGACGUACAUGUUAUGCAACCGAAAGAGAUGUGUGGAGAUCUUUUACCUAAUUUGGAAUCGGAGUGUCCACAAGAAUUUGUACCAGCAUGCGGAGAUUGCAAUGGUGACAGAAAAACCUUCAACCAUAGGUGUAAUUUGGAAUGUCAGAUACCACCAUGCACGUUUAUAUCGUAUGGAACUUGUGACAAUAUGAUACCGACACACGUUAGCGGUCCACAAUCGAAUGCUACAACCGGAGUGACAUAUACAACUACAACAACUACGAAUAAUAAUACAACAUGGAGUAACUAUACUUCAUAUACCAGCACAAAUUAUACCGCAAUAACUACAAGAACCAGCACUAGAAUAGCAAAAUAUAGAUUUGAUCAGUGCACAAGUAUUUACUCAUAUCAAUAUGAUCCUAUCUGUGCCCUCUGUACUGAUCGUCAAUAUUAUAAAUUUGAUAAUGACUACGGAUUUAAUUGCAGAAGUAGAGAAUGCGUUGAAGUGGAAGAAGGAUACUGUCCAGAAAUUCUGAGUUUAUGUGAGUCGCAGUGUUCUAACGUAUAUGAACCAGCAUGCGGAAAUUGUAGGGGACAAUUAGAAACGUUCGAUAGCAUAUGCCAUUUAGAUUGCCAUGAGCAUCGUGGCUGCGAGAUGGUUCCGAAUUCGAAAGGUGCAUGUACAAGUCUUCACGGUCUUCAAAUUGAAAGUUAUCCAUCAGUUAACGAUUGCAUUAAAAAUUGUUCUCAAAAUCCAAAAGAUAUUAUAUCAGUUUGUACUUUAUGUACAGAUGGCCAAUAUAAGUUUUUCGACGACAGAUGCGAAUUUGAGUGUCACGCACAUGAGUGUUUUGAGACAUUUGAAGAAAAUUGUGAACAAACAUUAAAAUUAUGUGAAAGUCAGUGUCUACCAAAUAAAAUCCCAGUUUGUGCAAUUUGCAACGGUGUUCCCGAAACAUAUGAUAAUAGAUGUCUAGUAGAAGAAUGUAGACAGAAUACAUGUAAUCCACCAACAGAUGGUGUUUGUACAGAAUCCGUUAUAGCAGCAAGCUUGCCGCCAUUUACAUGUACGGAUAUCUGCUCAAAUGAUUAUGAGCCUAUCUGUUCAAUGUGUUCAAAUGGUAGAAUUGAGAUACAGCAAAGUCAAUGUCAUUUAACUUGCAUGAAUUUAGAUUGUGUUCCGAUACCAAAAGAUAAUUGUCCUGAAUUGUUAAACGGAUGUGUGAGGAAUUGUACCGAAAGCCAUGUGAUUCAAUAUGAUCCAAUAUGCGCAUCUUGUAAUGGAAAACUUGAACUAAUUGAGAACCCUUGUAUCCUUAACUGCCGAGAAGGAACGUGCACGUCUUUAAAUAGUAAUACAUGUACUGGAUUGCAACCAAUUGAAACUGAUUUUAAUAGUUGUAUAUCAAAAUGCUCAGCAGCAACUGGCGCGGUAUGCGGUAUGGGAAGAGAUGGUACCUUUAAAGUUUUUGAAAACUUAUGUCAACUCGACUGUGAUGCAGAUUAUUAUAUCACAUCCAAAGAAAAUUGUCCAAAGGUAUUAGAUGAAUGCUCUGUUCUUUGUUCAAUGGAUAAGAGUCCAGUGUGUGGAAUGCGUAAUAAUCAACUGGAAACAUUUGAUAACGAAUGCAUUUAUGAUUGUCACAAAGAGAGUUACAUUUUCAUUUCCAAUGGAGCAUGUUCGGACUUAUAUGCCACUUCAACAACUUCAGCGUUAUCAACAAAUGCAUGUAUUAAAACUUGCACACAUGAUUAUGAAUAUAUCUGUGCCUUACGUAAUGAUGGUAGUCGUAUGGUAUAUAAAAAUAAAUGCAUAUUCGAUUGUUACGCUGACGUACAUGUUAUGCAACCGAAAGAGAUGUGUGGAGAUCUUUUACCUAAUUUGGAAUCGGAGUGUCCACAAGAAUUUGUACCAGCAUGUGGAGAGAGGUAUGGAGAGAGGAAAACCUUUAACCAUAGGUGCAAUUUGGAAUGUCAGAUCCCAAAGUAUACGUUUUUGUCAUAUGGAACUUGUGAAGAUAUCACAACCACAGCUGUAACUUCGACUGAUUUAUGUAGAAUUAAAUGCGGAUAUGGAGCUGCUCCUAUUUGCGGUAAUUGUAAUGGAGUGAUGGAAACUUUCGAAAGCAAAUGUUUUAUGGAAUGUGAUGCACCAACAUGUGAGUAUGUUUCUGAUGGAGAAUGUGAGAUCCAGCAGAUUUCAACACUGGCUCCCGUUGAUUGUGAUAUAGUCUGUAAAGACCACCAAUAUAUCCACGAAGUGUGUACCAUGUGUGUGGACAAUAAAAGAAGAAUUUUCAGAAACGAAUGUUACUUUAAUUGUAGAGGUCAAGCAUUAGGAUGUCAACAAGAAGACAAAGAGAACUGUCCUCUUAUUUUAAAAAAUUGCAAAGCGAACUGCAAUAUGGUUGCCAUUAGUCCUGUUUGCGCAGAUUGUGGUUCUGAAAGGAUAACACUAGAGAAUGAAUGUGUUCUUGGUUGUUAUGCUCCAAAAUGUGUGAAGAUUUCAGAUGGUAAUUGUACAAUCACUACUACAACUGCAUCUGAACCGUGUAUCGCAAGUUGUGGAACUGACAUUGAUUAUGUAUGCUCAUACUGUACAGAUGGAAGAAGAAGAAUUUUCAAAAACAAUUGUUACUUUGGGUGCAAUGGUGCAGCUUUAGGUUGUACAAAGGAUGAGAAAAAGAACUGUCCUGCUAUUGCAAAUCUUGAAAGCACGACUGUAAUCACUACUACAACUGCAUCUGAACCGUGUAUCGCAAGUUGUGGAACUGACACUGAUUAUGUAUGCUCAUAUUGUACAGAUGGAAAAAGAAGAAUCUUCAAAAACAACUGUUACUUUGGAUGUAACGGUGCAGCAUUAGGAUGUACAAAGGAUGAGAAGAAAAAUUGUCCUGCUAUUGCGGAUCUCGAAACUACAACUGUAGCCACUACUACAGUUGCAUCUGAACCGUGUAUCGCAAGUUGCGGAACUGACACUGAUUAUAUAUGCUCAUACUGUACAGAUGGAAAAAGAAGAAUUUUCAAAAACAAUUGUUACUUUGGGUGCAACGGUGCAGCUUUAGGAUGUACAAAGGAUGAGAAGAAGAAUUGUCCUGCUAUUGCGGAUCUCGAAACUACAACUGCAGCCACUACUACAGUUGCAUCUGAACCGUGUAUUGCAAGUUGUGGAACUGAAACUAAUUAUGUAUGCUCAUACUGUACAGAUGGAAAAAGAAGAAUCUUCAAAAACAAUUGUUACUUUGGAUGUAACGGUGCAGCUUUAGGAUGUACAAAGGAUGAGAAGAAGAAUUGUCCUGCUAUUGCGGAUCUCGAAACUACAACUGUAGCCACUACUACAGUUGCAUCUGAACCGUGUAUCGCAAGUUGUGGAACUGAAACUAAUUAUGUAUGCUCAUACUGUACAGAUGGAAAAAGAAGAAUCUUCAAAAACAAUUGUUACUUUGGAUGUAACGGUGCAGCAUUAGGAUGUACAAAGGAUGAAAAGAAGAAUUGUCCUGCUAUUGCGGAUCUCGAAACUACAACUGCAGCCACUACUACAGUUGCAUCUGAACCGUGUAUCGCAAGUUGUGGAACUGAAACUAAUUAUGUAUGCUCAUACUGUACAGAUGGAAAAAGAAGAAUCUUCAAAAACAAUUGUUACUUUGUGUGCAACGGUGCAGCUUUAGGUUGUACAAAGGAUGAGAAGAAGAAUUGUCCUGCUAUUGCGGAUCUCGAAACUACAACUGUAGCCACUACUACAGUUGCAUCUGAACCGUGUAUAGCAAGCUGUGGAAGUGCUGUUGACUAUGUAUGCACGUAUUGUACAGAUGGAAAAAGAAGAAUUUUCAAAAACAAUUGUUACUUUGUGUGUAACGGUGCAGCUUUAGGUUGUACAAAGGACGAGAAGAAGAAUUGUCCUGCUAUUGCGGAUCUCGAAACUACGACUGUAGCCACUGAAACGUGUGUGUCAAGCUGUGGAAGUGUUGCUGACUAUGUAUGCACCUAUUGUACAGAUGGGAAAAGAAGAAUUUUCAAAAACAAUUGUUUCUUUGGGUGUAAUGGUGCAGCUUUAGGUUGUACUAAGGAUGAGAAAAAGAACUGUCCUGCCAUUACUGAUCUUGAAACUACCACACCAGCACAAACUGCAUGCGGUAAAGAGUGUCCAACAACUGAAAAUCAAGUUUGUGGUGUAUGUGGAAAAGAAGAAAGAACGUUUAAAAAUCUGUGUUUAUUAAAUAAACAAAAUUGUGAAACACAACAAUGUACCUUCAAAUCUCAAGGCGCAUGUAGCUGCGUUAAGGUUUGUCCUACCACAACUGCUCAAGUGUGUGCGACUUGCAAUGGACAAAACACCAAUUUCCGUAAUAUGUGUAUGUUAGAGAAUCGCAAUUGUGGAGUGGAUAAAUGCAUUCUGCAACACAGUGGUGCUUGUAAGCCAGCAGAAGUGGAUCCUUGCACACGUGUUUGUCCUGAUGUUUCAAGUCCAGUAUGUGCUCAUUGCCCUGGUAAAAGAAUAAACUUUAAAAAUAUGUGUGCUUAUCAAAAAUGGAGUUGUCAAAACAAAGGUUGCACUAAAGUAACAGCUGGUGUGUGCCAGGCAACGGAUCCUUGCAUUAAGGCUUGCCCUAAUACCAUAAGUACUGUCUGCGGCCUUUGUAAUGGUCAAUUACUGAAAUUUGAAAAUCAAUGUGAAUUUGACAUCAAAAAUUGUCAAAUGGGUCAUACUUGUCACCAAAAGCCGGAACUAAUAUGCAAACUUAUACAGCAUUUUGAAGCCAAACUAGCACAUUUCUAGGACUAUUGCUAGUUUUAUUAUCAAAACUUUUUUAAUAAU